ACUCCCUAACCUAUUAUCAUUCGUCGCCGCCCGCACGCCCCUUUCAUUGAAUGUGCUGUAAGAUCUAGUCAUCGUCCAUCUCAUCGUCCCAAUCCCACAAAGUUCUACUCUUCCACUUUCCUCUACUCUCUCCCUCAACAAAUCUACCGAUCCGAUAAUUUCGCCAUCUUAGCCGCCUUCUUCCUUAUCCCCUGCUUUUUUUUCCUUCUUUCGGAGCAUUGUUGAGGCUGCAAACAACAGCCAGAUUGGUGUCCAGUUAUUGCUUCAUAAUGCUGGUUUCAACCGGGAAAGUUAUAUUGCUUGAAUGCUUCUUUAGCACAGAGUUCCACUGUCGCCGAUGAAAUAGUGUAGUUUGUUUUAGCUGGAUUCGAUGUCGUUCCGAAGCAUCAUUCAGGAAAUGCGGGAGGAGAUCGGGAGUGUUUCCAGGAAGGGAUUUCAGAUCAAACUGGGUUAUGGGCUAAGAUCGGGGUCGCACAGGGUUUUGCGUGAUAGGUUAAGAUCGCCACCGAUCGAGGCACUGAAGCAGAGCUGCUGGGCCAAUUUGCCGCCGGAACUCUUGCGAGAUGUUCUGACGCGGAUUGAGGAGGCUCAGGCCUUGUGGCCUCAUAGGAAGGACGUUGUUUCCUGUGCUGGGGUGUGCAGGAGCUGGAGGGAGAUCAUGAAGGAGAUUGUUAAGAGUCCAGCGGUCUCAGGGAAGCUGACGUUCCCAAUAUCUGUGAAACAGCCUGGUCCAAGAGAUUUUCCACUCCAAUGCUUUAUAAAGAGAAAUCAAGCUACUCAGACAUUCUAUCUUUACUUCGGCCUGAGUGAAGUUUUAUCAGAUGAUGGCAAAUUUUUACUUGCUGCACGCAAAUGUCGACAUGCUACCUGCACUGACUAUCUAAUCUCAAUAGAUGCUGAUGACAUGUCGAAAGGAAGUGGUGCUUAUGUUGGGAAGUUGAGAUCAAAUUUUCUGGGCAGAAAAUUUACAGUUUAUGAUUCUCAACCUCCCCCUACUGAAGCCAUGCUCUCAAAAUGUCAUUCCACACGUCUUCUAGGCUCUAAACAAGUCUCUCCAAGGAUCCCUGCUGGAAACUAUCCGGUUGUACACAUUGCUUAUGACUUGAAUGUAUUAGGCUCUCGAUGUCCCAGGAGAAUGCACUGUGUCCUGGAUUCUAUCCCUGCCACUGUAAUGGAACCUGGUGGAGUAGCGCCCAUACAAACUGACUUUCCUCGUAACAGCAUUGAUUCCAUCUCAUCAAUUCCAUUUUUUAGGUUCAAAUCAUCUCGUAUGGAUAACUUCUCUGGCCUUUCAAAUACUCAGCAGGAAGUAAAUUUGAUUUUAAAAAACAAAGCUCCAAGGUGGCACGAACAGCUUCAAUGUUGGUGUCUAAAUUUUCGUGGGCGGGUGACAGUUGCAUCAGUGAAGAAUUUUCAGCUGGUUGCUGAAGAUAAUGGAAUCGACGGGCAGAAUAAUAAUGAUGUGAUUCUCCAGUUUGGGAAGGUUGGGAAGGAUUUGUUCACUAUGGAUUAUCAGUAUCCAAUAUCAGCUUUUCAGGCAUUUUCUAUCUGCCUGAGUAGCUUUGAUACCAAACUAGCCUGCGAGUAAGGGGUGUGUCUGGUUUCCCCUGGAUGCGAUUAUAUAAGUACUUCAUCAUAAUAAAGCAUUAACUGAAGUACAUAGGGAUUUUCAUGUGUCACGAGGUAAUUAUGUUUUGAUUGGAAGUUAAUGUGUUUCACUAUGAUGGAUUGAUAAACAUUCAUUCAUAUUAGAUUGAAGUUAUAAAUGAAUUAUAAGCAGCUUAUAUUAUGAAUUUACAAAAUUCAACCCAAGCCAACUUUGCUUCCCAUUUUGCUUGACCUUUUAAGAGGACUGCUGUUCCAAACUGUCAUUUUA